AUGUCAGAGAAGAGAGGAAAGACGAGUCUCUCACAGAAACAGAGUGUAAGAUCAGGAUCACAUGCGUCCAGCUCUGUGUCUGUGAAGAGUGACCAGUCAAAAGAUGAUCCACCGAACUUCAGUGAGGAAGAAACAUCAUCUGCCAAAAGUGUAAGAUCAGGAUCACAUGUGUCCAGCUCUGUGUCUGUGAAGAGUGAGCAGUCAAAAGAUGAUCCACCGAACUUCAGUGAGAAAAAAGCAUCAUCUACCAAAAGGGUUCAAUAUGAGACAUUAGAUUCAGACGUCAAAACUCACAGGAACUACAAGAAUUUCAAAGACAAUCUCCUGCAGAUCUUCCAGGAUCUUGAAAGAAAAAUUCUCACAUUUCUGAAGAAUGAGCUGCAAAAGUUUAAGAAAAUAUUACAAAAAGAAGACAUAGAAUACUUUGUGAAGGAUUUUAAUGAGAACAGAUGCAGAAACAAAGAAGCAGCCCUUGAUCUCACGCUCUACUUCAUGAGAGAGAUGAAGCAAGAUGAAGCUGCUGAUACUCUAGAAGAUGAACUGUUCUUCAUUCAUCAGCUAAAAUGUAGCCUAAAGAAGAAGUAUAAAUGUGUGUUUGAAGGAAUUGCAAAGCAAGGUGACUCUACACUUCUGAAGAACAUCUACACAGAUCUCUAUAUCACUCAGGGUUGUAGUGAACAGGUCAAUACUGAACAUGAGGUGAGACAGAUUGAAGUUGCUUCCAGACGUCAUGAAUCACAGGAGAUACAGGUUGAGUGCAAACAUUUGUUUGAAGCACCUGAACAAGACAAGCAGAUCAGAACUGUACUGACAAAAGGAGUUGCUGGCAUCGGAAAAUCAGUCUCUGUGCAGAAGUUUGUUCUGGAUUGGGCCGAAGGAAAAGAAAAUCAAGAUAUCAGCUUCAUAUUUCCUCUUCCAUUAAGAGAGAUGAACUUAAAGGAUCAAGAAAAACUAAGUUUGAUGGACCUUAUAACUCAGUUUUUCCCAGAGACAAAAGGACUGAACCUUACAAGAAGAAAUCAAUUAAAAGUCUUGUUCAUUCUUGAUGGAUUGGAUGAAUGUCGACUUCCUGUGAACUUUAAGGAUAAUGAGACGUGGUCUGAUGUUUCAUCAGCAGUCUCUCUGGAUGUUCUCCUGACGAACCUCAUCAAGGGAAAUCUGCUUCCUUCUGCUUUCAUCUGGAUCACCAGCAGACCAGCAGCUGCCAGUAAGAUUCCUCCUGACUGUAUCGACCGGCUGACAGAGAUACGAGGAUUCAAUGAUGCACAAAAGGAGGAGUACUUCAGAAAAAGAUUAAUGGAUGAGAAUCAGGCCAAAGAAAUCAUUGAUCAUGUUAAACAAUCAAAGAGUCUCUUUAUCAUGUGCCACAUCCCAGUCUUCUGCUGGAUUUCAGCCACUGUUCUCCAGAACAUUUUAGAGGAGAAAAGAAAUUAUGUUGUGAAAAACAAUCAGACUGAUGAUGCCUCCAAAACACUGCAGGAGUCAAAUACUGAAGACACUCCUAAGACUCUGACACAAAUGUACACACACUUUCUCAGAUUUCAGAUCCAGCAUAGCAGACGAAAGUAUGAUGGAGAAUAUACACCAGAUGUUUUCUGGGAUAAAGAUGCCAUCUUUUCACUGGGGAAACUGGCAUUUGAUCAGCUAGAAAGAAACAACGUGGUCUUCUAUGACACAGAUCUGGAAGCCUGUGGUAUUGACGUCUAUAAGGCAUCAGUGUACUCAGGCAUGUGUACCCAGAUCUUUAAGGAGGAAACAGGGAUCACUCUUGGUACCAUGUACUGCUUCGUUCACUUGAGCAUUCAAGAGUUUAUUGCAGCCCUUUAUGCACAUCUCUUUCUAGACAUUAACAAGAAAUAUGUGUUUGAUCAUGACUCUACAAAACAGAAAAAUAAAAGUGAAAGCAUGAUUGAUUUGCUCAGAACUGCAGUUGACAAGACACUAGAGAGUGAUAAUGGACACCUGGAUCUUUUUCUUCGAUUCCUCCUUGGUUUGUCACUCCAGUCCAAUCAGAGACUCUUACAGGGUCUGUUGACAAAGAAAAUUAGAAAUGAGCAAACUAAAGAGGAAAUAAUUCAGUACAUCAAACAGAAAUUUGAAGCUCAUCUGUCUCCAGAGAGAUCCAUCAAUCUGUUCUACUGUCUGAAUGAACUGAACGACCAAACUCUGGUGAAAGACAUUCAGACCCACCUUAGCAAAGGAAGUCUCUCAUCUGUUGAUCUUUCACCUGCCCAGUGGUCUGCUUUGGUCUUUGUGUUGUUGACAUCAGAGGAGGAGCUGGAGGAGUUUGAGCUUCAGAAAUUCAAGAAAUCAGACGAGUGUCUAAUUCGAUUAACAGCGGUCAUCAAAACGUCCAAAAGAGCUCUGUAA